AAUUUUUUGAUUUUUUUUUUUAAAUAAGCAGAUUUUUUUUCCAAUUCAGAAAGCACUAUAUAUCUUUUAACAUAAAUAUAUUUUAGUUCAGAGUUUAAUUUUAUUUGAUACCUAUUAGUUUUUGCUACAUGCAAAAGAUAAUUAUCUUAAUUUGAACAAAAAAUAAUAAUUAUCUUAGUGCCAAAUGUAUCAAUUUUAUUAAUUAGUAACUAAACAAACUUGAUGAGAUUGAUAUUUCUUUCUUUUUCAUCGCCUAUAUUCCUUUCUUAUUUAUGUAGGAACUAGUUGGAUUUUGUAUUCAUUGGGAAAUGCAAAUCGUUAUAUAACCCAUUUAAUAGGCUAGGUAAAAUCUAAUUAUUUUGGUCAUAACAAUUUCGUUGUGUUGCUUCUUACGUCGAAUCCUUGUUCCUUGGGGUUUCCUCGUGAAGAUGUUAGAAACCAAAAUUGAAGAGAUAGAUUGUGAAGACAGGAUCAGUGCUUUGCCCGUAGAGUUGCUUGUGACAAUUUUGUUGCUUGUCCCGAUUAAAGAUGCAGUAGCCACCAUGAUUUUGUCCAAAAGAUGGCGCUGUAUAUGGAUGAUGUUGCCUAGACUUGAUUACAAUGAAACCAAUGAUAUCAAAGAUGAUCAUGAUUGUGGUGGUGGUGAUGAUGAUGAUGGUGAUGGUGAUGGUGAUGGGGAUGGUGAUGGUGAUGGUGAUGGUGAUGAUGGUGAUAAUGAUGAUGAUGUUGAUGGUGAUGGUGAUCUUGAGAGAAAGAAGAGCAUUUGGUGGUUUUUGGACAAGUCACUGAAACUUCACAAAGCACCUGUCUUAGAAAAAUUGCUUAUUAGUCUUGGUCGACGAUGUCCUAGUGAUGCUAAUGUCGGAAAUUGGGUUGAAAAGGCUGUUGAUCGCGGCGUCGUCGUGGUAAAAUUCAAGCUUCGCUGGUCAGCAGGUCCAACCACAUUGCCUAGGAGCCUUUACACCUGCGAAACACUCAAAGAACUGAGUCUAUCUAACAAGGUUCUUGUUGAUUUCCCUUCUUCCCCUUCCUGCCUCCCGUCACUCGAACUACUUCAACUUUUCUGUGUGGCAUAUAAAGACGAGGCUUCUCUCGCUAGGUUCUUAUCUAGCUGCCCUGUCCUUGGAAUAUUGAUAGUGAAAAGAAAGAAGAGUGACAAUCUGACAAACUUUAUUGUGAAAGUGUCUUCUUUAUGGAUGUUAUUUUAUAAUAAUACAGCUUGUCUGCAAGAUGACACUGACGUAGUGGAUAGUGAUAGUUGUUUGGUUAUAGAUACUCCGGCAUUAAUAAAGUUUAAGGUCGAUGAUGAUUCAAGAGACUCUUGGUCGAUUGGGAAUAUGCCUUGUCUCGAGGAGGCAUAUAUUAGUGUCAACUCUUUAUCUAAUUUUGACAAGUUCAUAACAGCUUCUUCGUCGAUCUUGUCUCUUGACUUGACUUUUACCGAUGAAAUGCUUGUGCGUUGUCGCACCCUAAGAUUUUCUCGACUUAUAAAGUUAUCUGUAGAUCCAAGUAGAUCCGACUGGGUGGAACCACUCUUACUUCUACUAGCAAAUACUCCAAAACUUGAAGAACUUUUGGUAAAUUAUGAAUUUAUCUAUGACCUCGAGGAUAUCCCACUUUCAUGGAAACAACCAAGUUCUAUUCCUGGAUGCUUGUCGUCACAUCUAAAAAUAUUUGAAUGGAGAUACUAUGGACACAGAGAAGAAGAGGAAGAAUUCUUGACAUACAUCCUAGCCAAUUCUAAGUGUUUAAAGACCGCGACAAUCUCCCUCAAACCCAUGUUAGAUCCUGAACUAGAGCAAGAUGCUAUCAUCGGAAAGUUGAAAGAUAUUCCUAGGGUUUCAACAUCAUCUCAACUUUUGGUCAAUUGAAAAUUUAUUUCGAGUUAUCAUAUUUUUAGCCAUAUAAUGAAGCUCAGUUAAUGUGCACGCUUAUCAAUAAAUUGAACCAGAACCUCUAAAUGUAAUGUGAACAACUUGCUAUGGCUAUAAUGUAAACAAAUUGUAUGC